GCCCGGAGGAUGGCGGACGCCGGCUUGCGCCGCGUGGUUCCUAGCGACCUGUAUCCUUUGGUGCUCGGCUUCCUCCGCGAUAACCAGCUGUCGGAGGUGGCCAACAAAUUCGCUAAGGCAACGGGCGCUACCCAGCAGGAUGCCAAUGCCUCCUCCCUCAUGGACAUUUACAGUUUUUGGCUCAGUAGGUCUCCGAAGGCCCCAAAGCGGAAGUCACAGACAAAUGGACCAUUGACAAAGAAGGCUAAGAAGACCUCAUCCAGUGAUAGCAGUGAGGACAGCAGUGAAGAGGAGGAGGAAGCCCAGUGUCCUCCAGCAAAGAAAGCUGCUGUACCUGCCAAGCGGGCUGUUGUUCCACAGCAUCCUGGAAAGGCUGCAGCCAAAGAAUCAGAGAGCAGCAGCAGUGAAGAAUCCAGUGACGAAGAGGAGGAAGAUAGCAAGAAAAAACCCGUUCAGAAGGUAGUUAAACCCCAAGCCAAGGCAGUCAAAGCUGCUCCUAAAAAGGAGGAAAGUUCUGAUUCGGAUUCUGACUCAAGUUCAGAGGAUGAGGCACCAAAGCACCAGAAGCCAAAGACAACUCCUGUGGUUACAAAACCCCAGACUAAGGCCCCAGCCAAACCAGGUACCCCAGUGCGGGCAGCACCAAAAGUAGUUAAUGGCAAAGCAGCUGCUGGCAGCAGCAGUAGCAGCAGUAGCAGUAGCAGCAGUGAUGACUCAGAGGAGGAGCCAGCAGCAGUGGUCCCCAAAAAGACUGCACCGAAAAAGCAAGUUGUGUCCAAGGUCCCCGUGAAAGCAGCUGCUACUCCAGCCCAGGAGAGUUCCAGCAGUGAGGACUCCUCCAGCGAGGAAGAGGAAGAGCAGAAGAAACCUGUGAAGAAAAAGCCAGGUCCCUAUAGUUCAGUUCCACCACCUGCUGCUCAACUACCCAAAAAGUCUUUGGGAGCCCCAGUUCCCAAGAAAGUGGCAGAGAAGAAGCAGCCUGCUGAGAGCAGCGAGGACAGCAGCGAGGAGUCUGAUUCAAGUUCUGAGGAAGAGAAGAAGCCCCCAGCUAAGGCAGUCACCCCAAAAGUGGCCGCUAAAGCAGCUCCAGCAAAGAAGACAGAACAGAGCUCUUCCGAAAGCUCAGACUCUGAUAGUUCUGAGGAUGAAGCUCCUGCCAAGCCAGCCACUGCCACCAAGAGUCCCUCCAAUAAGCCAGCUGCUGCCCCCAAACAGCCUGCAGUGAAACCAGUGCCUGCUCCUAAGCAGCAGUUGACCAGAAAGGCCGAUAGUAGCUCCAGUGAGGAGGAGAGCAGUUCCAGCGAGGAAGAGGAAGCUACUAAGGCUGUGACCACCCCAAAGGCCAAGGCACCAGCUAAAGCUGCCUCCUCUUUGCCUGCAAAGCAGGCCCCUUCAGGAGCUGGAGCCAGCAGCUCUGAGUCUGACAGCUCAAGCAGUGAGGAGGAGGAGGAGGAAGAGAAGCCAAAGCUGUCCAAAGUCCCAGUAAAAAAGAAGUCACCCAAGGCAACGGGAGCUGUGCCUGCCCCCAAACCAGCCUCAAAAAAUGUGAAGGCUGAGAGCGAAAGCAGCUCCUCUAGUGACUCCAGUGAUGAUGAUGAUGAGGAGAAGCCCAAGGGCAAGGGCACCCCAAAACCGCAGACCCCCAAGACCAAUGGCACCUCAACUCCUGCACAGAAUGGAAAUGCAGACUCAGAUAGCGAGGAGGAGGAAGAGGAGGGUGGCAAGAAAAAGGUUGGAGCAGCUGUUUCUAAGCCAGGUUCAGGAAAGAAGCGGAAGCAGAAUGAGGCUGCCAAGGAGACAGAGACGCCUCAAGCCAAGAAGAUUAAGCUCCAGACCCCCAACACAUUUCCAAAAAGGAAGAAAGGAGAAAAGAGGGCCUCAUCCCCAUUCCGAAGGGUCAGGGAAGAGGAAAUUGAAGUGGAUGCUCGAGUGGCUGACAACUCAUUUGAUGCCAAGCGAGGUGCAGCUGGAGACUGGGGGGAGCGAGCCAAUGAGGUUCUGAAGUUUACCAAAGGCAAAUCCUUCCGACAUGAAAAAACCAAGAAGAAACGGGGCAGCUACCGUGGUGGUUCCAUCUCCGUCCAGGUCAAUUCAAUUAAGUUUGACAGCGAGUGACCUGAGUCUUCUGCCCCACUCCCCCUGGACCUAGAAAUCCUCGGCUCCAUCAUGAAGGCUAUUAGGGUUCAGAAUUGGCCCGAAGACUCCAUCACAACACAACAUUCUCUCUGGCCCUUUUCUGUCUUGAUAGCUGUGUACAGAUUUAAUUUGAGUGGUUGAGUAACAAAGGCCUAGGUGGAGGGGUGUGUACGUGUUAUUUUUUAAGAAAAUUUGUUGGUGGUCUCCUCCCCCUGUCCCCGUGGAAGUCCUCAUAUUGAGAAAAUUUGUAUAUUUUAUAUUAAAUUGUUUACUAUU